AUGGAAGCCACUAAUUUUAUUGUCAAUGUUACAAUAUUAUUUCUGUUCUUUCAAACAUAUGGCGCAAGCAGCAGCAACACCAUGAUUAAAGCUUCCUCAAAUGUUACAUGUAUCCAAAGAGAGCGGCAAACACUGCUUUUAUUCAGACAAGGCUUCACGAACCAAUUAAAAUGGACCGGAUUAGAAUGUUGUGAGUGGGAGGGAGUUGUGUGUGACACGAGAACUGGUCACGUUGUCUCACUUAAUCUCCCUUACUAUCGUAUCAACUCCACCAUCCCCGUUUGGUUAUCAAACCUUACUGGCCUCGUGCAUCUAGACCUUAGCGAUAACAGCUUCCAUGGGGGCAUACCUGAAAGCAUUGGACUACUCACCAGCCUACAAGAACUCUAUCUUGAAGAUAAUCAAUUGAGCGGGAACAUCCCCACUAGUCUUGGUCAGCUUUCAAACCUGGAAGUCCUUUUUCUUGCUCGUAACCAAUUGAGUGGGGUUGUUUCUGAAGAUCACUUCGCCAAACUCUACAAUCUAACCCAAUUGUUCUUGUCUGAUAAUACAUUGAUAACGUGGAACGUCAGCCGUAAUUGGAUUCCUCCCUUCCAGUUGACGUCUUUUUUUGCAAGCUCCUGCUGCAACAUGGGACCCCAAUUCCCAAACUGGCUUCAAACACAAACACAUCUUGAAGAAUUAUAUCUUUCAAAUUCGAGUAUUAGGGAUACAAUACCAGAGUGGUUUCACAACAUCUCCUCUCAUCUUUAUUACUUGGAUCUGUCCGACAACGAGAUCGGACCCCAAUUCCCAAAUAUUCAAACAUCAACUGAUCUUGUAGAGUUAUAUCUUUCAAAUUCGAGUAUUAGGGAUACAAUACCAGAGUGGUUUCACAACAUCUCCUCUCAUCUUUAUGCCUUGGAUCUGUCCGACAACCAGAUCGGACCCGAAUUCCCAAAUAUUCAAAGAUCAACUGAUCUUCAAUGGUUACAUCUUUCAAAUUCGAGAAUAAGAGAUAGCAUACCAGAGUGGUUUCAGAACAUCUCCUCUCAUCUUCGGUGGUUGGAUCUUUCCGACAACGAGAUCGGAGGAAAUCUGCCACGAAUAAUAGCGAAAAACAACACAGGUCUUAGAGUUGUUGCUUUGAAGAAUAACAAUUUCACUGGAAGCGUUCCAACAAACUUAUGCGAGUUACAUAGUAUACAAGUGCUGGAUUUAUCACAUAAUAACUUAUAUGGAAUUCUUCCUGAGUGCCUAGGGAGUUUGAUUAAUUUGCUAGUGAUUGACCUUACAAGUAACAAUAUAACGGGUGAUAUUCCAAAUUCAUUGGGUUCUCUAUCACUACUUGAAUCAUUGCACUUACGUAACAACAAAUUAGAGGCUAAUCUCCCGGUGUCUUUACAAAACUUGAAAAACUUAGUAACAAUGGAUUUGGGGUACAAUUCGCUGACUGGUAAUAUCCCUUUUUGGAUUGGAAAAAAGCUAUCAAAGCUUAAAAUCUUGAAUCUCCAAUCAAACCUGUUCAUGGGUAUGAUUCCACCGGAACUAUGUCAAAUCAAAACUCUUCAACAUUUAAAUCUGGCAGAUAAUAAGAUAACCGGAAACAUCCCUCAUUGUUUUAGUAAUUUAAUUGGUAUGAUCAAGAGUGACGUGGAGUUAACCUACAAAAGUUAUAUGUAUGAAGAAAGUAUUGAAGCUUGCAUAAAGGGUAUUCAGCAAAAGUACACGAGCACACUUCCAUAUCUUAUAUCCUUAGACCUCUCAAGGAACAAAAUUAUUGGUGAAAUUCCUGAUGUGUUGAUGGACCUGGUAGCAUUGACGAAUUUGAAUCUUUCAAGAAACGAACUAAGUGGACACAUUCCCACAAUGAUCGGAAAUCUAAAGUCAAUGGAAUCUUUAGAUUUGUCGAUGAACAAGUUGUCUAGUCAGAUUCCUCCAAGUUUAGCUAGUGUCAACACUCUAGGCUAUUUGAACCUAUCAUUCAAUAAAUUAUCCGGUCCAUUACCAGUUGGAAAUCAUUUUCAGACUUUUGAUAAUCCCGCUAUAUAUGAAGGGAACAACGGACUAUGUGGAUUCCCACUAUUAAGUUGCCAAGAAAACAAUUCAUCAUACACUCAUGUUGGUGACGAUGAAGGUGAGAAUGGUUCACAAGCUUUCUCGUGGUUUUAUGCUGGUAUGGUUCCAGGAUUCGUUGUAGGUUCCAUGGGACUUAUUAUUAGCUUGCACUAUAAUAGGAAUUGGAGGAUAACUUACUUUGAAAUGAUAGAGAAUGUUUACGUUUUUCUAAUGGUUUCGAUCAAGUGACUUUUGCUCAACUAAGGAGGAAGUUUUUCUAAAUAUAUGUUUUGAUGUUGUGGUUUGACUAUUAAA